GGAGAACCCUCUGUCGGGCCUCAGCGCGCGAGACUCCUCUGUUGGCCGGCUAGCAGCAUUAGAGUGAACGACGCGGUGAAACCCGGUCCCCGUCAUAUAGCGCUGCCGGCCACACCAUACGCUCUAAGACCCCACUGUAACACCUUCAAGAUACUUUAGAACCUUCUCAAGUAGUCACCAGGCCUUAUUUUGCUCUGAUCCCAGGAUUUGGCCCGCAAAAUCGACUGGAUCACGAAGACUCCCGCCUGAAGUUGUGUUCCCCUCCAACCGCCAUGGACCUACUGUGUUGUGAAGGAGACUUGAUCAGAAGGGGCUACCGGGACCCCGCCUUGCUUGGAGACAGCAGAGUCUUGAACAAUCUCCUUAUUACAGAAGACAAGUAUCUUCCCUCCACUACCUACUUCAAGGCGGUACAAGACGAAGUCAAGCCGCACAUGAGACAAAUGGUCGCGACUUGGAUGUACGAGGUCUGCGAGGAACAGAGGUGCGAAGAUGAAGUAUUCCCCCUAGCAAUGAACUAUUUGGACAGAUUUCUUUCCCAAGUUCGGAUAAGGAAAAACCAGCUCCAACUCUUGGGUGCAGUUUGUAUGUUCAUCGCGUCCAAGUUGAAAGAAACCAUUCCACUAACAGCGGAGAAGCUAGUCAUCUAUACAGACAACUCUAUCAUGUGUCAAGAACUCAUGGACUGGGAACUCUUGGUGCUGAUGAGACUGAAAUGGGACUUGUCGGCAAUAACCCCUUGUGACUUUCUAGAACACAUCCUUAGUAGAUUGCCCAUUGAGAGGGAAAGAAGCGAUAUGAUCGCAAAGCACGCACAGACGUUCAUCGCGUUAUGUUGUACAGAGUUCAAGUUUGCAAUUUACCCGCCGUCGAUGAUCGCAGCGGGAAGCGUGGGUGCUGCAGUCAACGGUCUGGUCGGACUCGGGGGGAUUUGGGCGUCACCAAACGAACUGCUGGAACAGAUGCAAAAAAUCACCAACAUAGACAUGGACUGCUUGCGAGCAUGCCAGGAGCAGAUAGAACAGCUACUAGCCACCAGCCUCUGCAGUCCGAUGUCUCAUCCAGACCCUUUGGCGACGAAACACCAAGAAGAGAAGGACCAAUCCUCAACCCCAACAGACAUCCGUGAUAUCGACUUCUAAACCCGCGGUUUUCUGCCAACGAGAAAUCCUGUACGCCAGAAAUGUGCAAAUAUGCUUUACCGUCAGGUGACUCCAACACUAGUGCUUUUGAUGUAAACCAAAAAAAAGUUUGUUUUUGUUUGAAAGUUGGGCGUGCAAGCCGAUGUAGUUGUCAUUGCAUAGCACAGAUCAUAGCCAAUAUGUUGAGAGUCAAUCAAACACAAAGCUACUUUGCUUUUGUGAGUGCAGAUUUUUCACACGCAGAGAACCAGAAGCCAUGUUGAUGACAUGGCGGGGCUAGAAGUAGAGAACCGUCUUCCAUGUUGGAAUUCAAGGGAUACUCAACUGGCUGAAUCAGUACAUUCCACAAGCGAGAACAUUCCACGAACUUGGUGCCACAUCGUGUCAGGACAUUCCGUGCAGCAUUCCAAUGGACUUUCAGCAACCGACAUUCCAUACACAGACUUUUGGACUUGAGUUGGACUGGAGUUGAGUGGAAAUGUUACAACAAUGUCUUCCAUUUUUUUUGGAAGGAUCGCAUUUAAAGUCAGAGGAUUCCCGAAGCGUUUGUCUGCUAUGGUGUUCCGUGUGCCGUUUCCAGACAUAUUAACGUGUGUGGUGGUUUGUAGCACAUUUAAACUUGAACUCUGUUAUCAAAAAUGUGGUGUCCAAGGCACCACUGCAGAAUGAGCAAGCAAUGUUAACUAGUUAGGUAGGAGUUUUUUGAAUACUGAAAAGAAGGAGCCUCCAAAAUUGUUGUGUAAAAACCAUCCCUGCACCCCUACUUCUAGAAUGCUGAGUUCCAAAUGCGGGUAAAUUUGCACAGAAAAGAUGGGCAAAGCUGGAUUACACCAUUACUUGAUAGGGGUGAACUGGCUGGUUUGCACACACUGGAGGCAUUGAAUUGAAUGGUUUUCACAGACGGUUUGGCUAGGGACGUUUUUUUCUUUGAAUUUCAUUUCUUUUCAGCACAACGUGAUUUAAUUGUAGGGCUCGAAUUGCACUUUUAUAAACUUUCAACCCUCCAAUACAGUAGAAAAUUCCAAUGUUCCGAGCUUAUCUUUUGGUGAGGUAGAAAUGAGGAAAUUAUAUUUUGGAAGAUCACAAAACAAACAAAAAAAUGUUGCCAAGAUAUCAAUGUACGAAAUUCAACUGGUGGAUUUAUAUAGAUAGAUAUAUAGCAAGCUAUGAGAGCCGAAAUAUCUAGAAAAUCAUUAAUAUUAAUCAAUUUCUACAGAAUAUGCCUUUAUCUCUCAUAUUAAUGAGUGUGAAGAACAAAGAAGUAAACAACCCCCAAAAUAUGAGUGCAAAAGGCUUGCUACCUCAAGUAGGACUGUACCAAUCAUACCAAAUAGGGGUGAUAAAGGGUCACCGUGUGAGGGUUGAAUUUAUCCUUUACCAAGUGUGCUGUGCCUUGAAAAACAUCAUAUGUUUUGCCUUUUAUCCUUUUUUUGUUUUAUGAGUGGCAUUUUGAGUUCUUUUGAGUUUGAAGAAGAGACUUUUAAAGGGGUGUGCUAGCCCUACAGUGGUGAAACCAGAGUGCCAUGUAGAAAAUGUAUUUGUAAACAAAUUGCCGAAAGCUGCCUUAAAGUUAUGUGAAGGCCGUUAUGGAAAGAAAGCAUUAUAUAUACGUCACACGUGAAAAUACAAUGCAAUCUUUAUUCAGGUUGAGAACCUAUAUUAGCUAUGUCUUCCCAGAUGGUAUGAGUGCUGUUGUGAAGGAUUGAGUGAUGAAAAGAAAAGAGUGUGAAUGAGUACAUGCAGUGUUAGUCAAAAGAAAGGAUUGAAUGAGAAGGUUACGUGUCAGGAAAGUGCAAGGAAUUGUUGGAGAAAUAUGGGUAUAGUUGUUCCUCGAGAGGCCCGAAGUAUUGUAGAUUUUUGUACAUUAUAUGAGAUGGACAUGUUGGAAAAGGCCGUGAGGAGGAAUUUGGUCAGUGCAGAAGCGACUGAUAGAAGACACUACUACUGUAUAUAGCUUGACAAGAACAAGAAAUAAAGAGAUGUCUUUUGAAUGAAA